GCGUAGCCACAAGACCGUUUCCGGUGUAGAGCAUAGCAACGGAAGUUUGAAAAAACUGACUUCAGUUAUUGCAAAGGUCUUCACAUUUGUAGCAUGGCAUCGGAAGUUGAGGAAACGCUGAAGAGAAUUUCAGGUCUGAAAGGCGUUUUAGGAAGUAUUGUCAUCAGCUCUGAUGGUAUUCCCAUCCGAACAACACUGGACAACUCUACAACUGUACAGUAUGCUGGAUUGCUCACUGCCCUUGUUGCUAAAGCACGCUCAGUUGUUCGUGAUUUAGAUCCAAGCAACGACCUGAGCUUCUUACGCAUUCGAUCUAAAAAGAGUGAGAUCAUGUGUGCACCCUGUCGCGACUACCUGCUGGUUGUGAUCCAAACUUCAGAGACACCAUAAUACUAGAUGUAUUGAUUACUACCUUUCUAUAAAUAUUCACCCUUGCAGAAAUAAAGCUCACUUUCAUUUCAUUCAAGCCAAAAAAUGAUAUAUUUUUAUUUCAUGCAAUAUAACUUCCUGUUAAAUUGACAUUCUACACUGUACUGUUGUAUGAACAAUUUUAUGUUCAUUUACAGGCCAGCAGCUGCAAGAGCUUUGAAUAAAAUGUUUACACAGUGUCCAUAAAACUAACUGACAAGAAUUAAUUUGGGAUUCAGGACAAACAGAAAAAAACAUUAGACCAAGAAACAGAAGAGAAAAUUAUUUGAUAACACAAAAGAUUUAAAAUUUCUUGCAGUAAAAUGGUAUCUGAUUUUUGUUAGCAUGUAUGCAUGUGUGUGUGUGUGUGUGUGUGUGUUUAUACCUGCAUUCUUAAUGAUUACAUUUUUUAUAUUUACUGUAUAAAAUUCAGUUUUACAUACUGCAAAAUUUGUGGGGAUAAUAAAGAAUAUAAAAUGUU